CAAACACCACGACUGACCCCAGCUGUGAGGUCGGGGCUCUGGGUGACACGAGACACCUUUCCAGCUAACUUAGUCAAUAGAUUUUGAGCUCCAACUGCCUCUCAUCGACAGCUGUUUCAUGGGAACCCAGGAGGGAGAAAGAGAUUGGGUAGAUGUGGCAAAUGAUCUACUCAGCAAGUAUCCCAUCAAGCUCAGGCUGAGGAAGCUGACGGACUGUGAUGCAAAUGUCUUCACUGCUCUUUAUGAAAACAUCUUGGGGGAGAAAGUUCCAGAUUACAUUGCAGUGCCAUGCAGUCAAGAGGAUAACGUCCAUAACGUUCAGUCUGUGAUUGAUUCCCUCUCCCUGGAUUACCUUCAGAUCAGUCUCUCACACAUUACAGGAGAAAAUGUGGUCAGGGGCGACAAAGAGUCUAUUACUAACCUCCUGGAAAUCUUCGAUGGCCUCCUGGAAUAUCUCAAGGAGGAGAUAAGCGAGGAGUCACAGAACGAGGAAGAACUGAAUGACGGCGUCAAUGUGGAUGUGCCCGAUGAAACCCAGAAGUCCACAAGGCGCAAUGCCACACGGCAGAAGGAGACCAAACGGGACAGAGAAUCGUUGUCAUCCAGUGGAGUGUCCGCUGUCCAUUCCAGUAAAGAUUCCCUCCAUACCUGGAAUGCUGAGGAGAUCGGAUCAGCUAGUGAGCUCAUUGGGCUGGGAGUCUCAGCACGCACCUUCACAGGAAAACUAGAAGAUGCAGUCCCCGCCUCUGGUCCUCUGGACACCCAGGAUGCUCCACUGGCUGAACUGCUGCCCUCAGCCAUCGCUCUGCAGCCCCCCUCUCAGAGCAACGGGCCCACUGACCCACACUCGCCAACAGCUGCUGGCUUCAGCCAAAGGUCGGCAGAGGACGCAGCCGCUCCCGUCACUACAGAGACCUCUAAACCGCCAGCUGUGACAGUUGUUACUAACGGACUACAGUCUCCUCUCCAUUCUCCAGAUGCGAGGGAGAAGUCUUUAUCUGGUCCGCAAAGAGCCGGGAAAGAAUUAGCGGGGGAGACACGAGCGCCGACCAAUGGGGGUCCCAGUAGGGUUUUAUUCCACACCAAGCCAGAUGUGCUCUUCCUCACCCCGCAGGAUGAGAGGACAGUCACAAUCCCUUCUCCGCCAGACACUGAGGAGGAGGAGGAGGAGCAAGAUGAGGAGUAUCUAAAACAACCGGACAGCAGGGUAGAUCACAGAGAUGGGACAGGCCUCAGUAGCAGGUUGGAUGAUCCUCUGUUGUAUCGCAGACAGAGGAACAAGAGAGCAGAAGAGGAGCUGCAUCACAUAUCUGAAAACCUUUCCUUUCGACUUGAGGAACUCGAUCAGAUGCUCAAACAAGUUCUGGGGGGAAGUGGAGAGUCCAGCGAAGUCAGAGAAGAGGACCAGCAGUCCCACCACAGUGACAGCAUCAUGGAGUGUGGCAGGACUCCCAGGCAACACACAGUUUCAGGAGCAACUGAGGGUGAACCCACCCACCGGACACGCUCUUUAUCCCCCUCUCCUCCACGGGUCCGUCGAUCCCCGCACGGACAGUUAAAAGAUGCAAUGGCAGAGGCCUUGAGUGAUGGGAGACAAACCAACAUGGCAGCUUCUGACCUUUCAAAGCGAGGAGAGCUACAGCACAGACUGUCUCACAGAAAACAUAGCAAGUAUGUGGAGAAUGAGGCCUAUGAAGAAGAGUUAAAAAGAUAUGAAGACAAAGAACGGGCCGAUCUAGACCAGGCACGCCUCAAAGCUCAACAAGCCGAGCGACAGUACAGAGAGGCCUUACUGGGCGAUGUUUCCGAAGCUCCCCGACUGUCCCCAGCACGAACGAAGGCCCAGCAUAGUUCACAACGCACCAUAGAAACCACACCAGGACGGAGACGACAGGAGACCCCCAGGAAAGCUCCUUCAUUGAAGGUGAAGGAGAAUGACCUCCUUCCUGUGCUCCUUGAGGAGCUGCCCCACCUUCACAUCUCCCCCCACGCCCUGGGCCGGAUGUGGGAGCAGCAGAUGCAGCAGGUGGACCGGCUCCACGCCCUGACGUCCCCUCACAGCCAGCGGCGCGGCAAACUCUCCAGCCAGGUGAAGGAAGCCCAGAGGAAACAUGACCUGCUGGUGGAGAUCGUCCGUAAAGAUAAGAACCACAACAGGCGCCUGAGGGAUUUCAAAGAGCGUAUCCAGCAGCAGAAGUCGACCCAGAACCGACUGAAGGAACAGAGGCAGCAGAUGGCCCGGGCCAAGAAGUACCACAGCGACUACCACGUCCAGCACCGGGCCCGCCUGAUGAGGGCUCGCACCAAGGAGGAGAAGAUGUUCCGUCAGCUGUUCGAGGAGGGGCUGGAGCUCCAGAAGGUCCAGUUGAGGGAGCAGAAAGCCUACGCUAAGGAGCAGCGGCUGGAGCAUCAGAGACGGCACCAGGACCAGAUCAAGUCCAUGGAGAACUACUACAAAGACCAAUUUUCACUACUUGCUGAAAAACUUUCCCAAGAGCGGCAGGACAUCCAGGUUCGGAAAAAAGCUCAAGAAAAGGCUCUGCUGAAGAUGAAGCGAGAGCUGCGGUCCAGGAUGGAGCGGGAAAUCGGUGAACUGCAGGACAUCAUCAUCCAGAAUGACGAGGACGACCACUUCCAGGAUCUGGAGGUCCAGACGCUGCGCGGCCGGGUCCAGGUGGCGUCCUUCCAGCACAACACCAGCUACCUGCACUGACCGGGAGGCGCGGGGCUGUUUUAAGCUCCGCUCGAUCGGGGCUGGAUUCGUAGGAACACGCUGCGAAAGACUUUGUUUCUGCUCCUCACCACCGAGGGUACGACACUCUGAACAUCCACCCUCAGAGAUUUGCACAAAAUAGGAAAUUAAGAACUUCUAGAAGUCCUGGUGGUUCUGAAUGAACUGAACACACUCCACAACAUGUAGCGUUUGGCUCAUUUAGCCGAGUUGCUCUCACCUCAGCUGCUCUACGGGAACUUAACGACAUCUUGGACUUCUUCCAUGGGUUUUAACACUUCUACUUGAUAUCUGAGAUUGUUCUGAAACGGCUCCCCCACUGCAGUCUGUUCUGAUUCUGUAGCAAACAACUAGACAUGGUCUUCCUCUUGCCAAACGGGGACCAGCGAUGCAAAGUCAACGAGCAUGAAUGUCCCACUGAGGUAUUUUUAACUUCUCUACCCUCCUCCCUCUCACAUGCGAUGGCUUCCUUUUGGGAUUUAACCAUGCGAGUGGAUUAUUUAUUUUAAAGCUUUACUGUUGUUUGGUUUUUAAUUAAUCUCGUGUUGUGCUGUCCGAUCACCAGGGGCGAUGAUAAUCAAGUCUUUCAUGACUUCUCCUUUUCCUCAGAUUGUUUUCACUGUCAGAACCAAUCCUCUAGUUGUUUUUAACUAUUGCAAAGGGUGGCACUGUUAAAACACUGUCCACUAAUAUUGUAUUUAAUGAGCACCCAAACACCCUUUCAUUAUCAUCCAUUAAAUGUGUGGGAUUGUAAACUCCACUGGCUCACA